UUAGGGCCACCUUACAGAAUGGGAACAUCAGUGACAGCACACAUACCUCAAUAGAAGUAAUAGGACAACCAAGGAUAGACGUGUCAACAUGUACCCCGACCGACGUAAUUGCAAAGCUUGGAGAGCACCACAACGGAACCUCGAUGACCACUAAUGACGAAACACCGAGAAAAAAGGAUGGGAUGCAAAUAACGAUGACGUAUGAAUACUGGAAGAAAGCAGCAAAAAGUUAUUCCAGUAAGACCGCGAAGGAAUACUCCAACAAGGACGAAGCUACAGCAGCCGAACUUGACGAAAGAAACAACGUUGAGAUCGAAGAGUGCAACAACGGAGGGAAGAGUCACGACCCAUGUAAAAAAGAACCCCCACAAGAACCGGAAAAUGACGACCCUACUGGAAUUCCGAAAGAACAUUGUAGCACGGAGCUGGUGCACGAAAAUGUGAAACUUACCGGUAGAAAAGCUCUGAUGAACACCGUAGAGCCAGGAACAAAUGACGAUGAAACCUCGAGAGAAUGCCAGAACAACAACGGAAAAAGGGAAGGCAGAUCAAGGGAAAUCGAGGGGUUAGUAUUACAGGACCCAAAUAUGAGACAUCAUCAAGAGGGAAAGAGGGACCGACCUGAAGGUAUGCCACCACGCGUCGAAGCGGAAGGGAACCAGGAUGAAGGUACAUGUCCCGAGCCGCGAAGAGGAGCCGCACCGGUAGGCAAUCAUGUUGGUGAAGCUGCCCCCCUAGAGGAUGAUGCAACGAAAGAGGGUCAAGGGCUACCCCACGAUAAGUUUAAGGUUGCCCAAAACGACAUGGAACAGAACGUCAGCGAUGAAACAACUGGAUGCAUGCUACGACAUACAUCCAGAAAGGCAAAGAAUAAACGCCGAAACCCGUAUGCGAUCAUAACGACACUCAACCCGUCCAGCGCAAAAGAUCAGUUCGCCCCAACGGAUAGUUCAGGAGGAGACGACGGAUUAGCAACCAAUCGUCUUCACAGUAGGAUGAAUGAACAAACAGGAGAUAAGUUGCAAUCUACUGUAGGAAACAGCAAGGGGAAACGAUAUGAAAAGUUGGACAUGGGAGUGACAGUCACACCAGCAGACCCGUCCAGCACGAAAGAUCCACCAAUCCCAACGGACCAUCGAGACCAAGGAGGAGGGCUCGAUGUGAAGAUUGGAAACGGAAAUGGGAAUAAGGACGCCACACCAAUAAACUCCGACGCACUGGCGAAAAAAGAAUUUGAAGCUAGUAGACACGAACACAUGAUGGGAGAACAAUGGAACUGGGAUGACGAAGCAACCAUGACGUGCCUAGUGGAGAACGCACCUACGAUAACACCAAUGUAUGCGCCUAUGGAACGAUUGUCUGACAUCCCUGCCCCGUACCGGAAAGUCACUAGACGAAAACAGAUCAUAAUACGAUGGAG